AUGCUUUGUUCCAAAAUAUAUUUUUUAAAUAUUUUCUUAAGGUUCAUAAAAAUGGAUUUUCUUCGUCUUUUUCCUCCUAAAAGUCGUCAAUCUCGACUGGUUUUUUGUAACUAUCGGCAAAUGGGAAUUUUCUGCUGGUCUGCUGACGAGCCAAAUCAAAUUGUUAUGGUUUCUGCAUUGGUUAGUGGUGAUGAAAGGAUUAAUGCAGAAAAAUCAAACGAAAUUAUAACUUUUGAAAACAAACCAGGCGUGUUAUUCAGGCGUAUUUUGACAAUUCUUCUUUCGCCUGAAUUGCCAGUUGAAGCAGACUUUACUCAAAUUUUGGUAAAUAAAAAUGGAAAUUUGUUGGCUUUGGUAGGCAAAUGUAUGGUCUUCAUUGUUGAAUUGGACCCUGAUUUUUGGGAUUAUCGACAUCAAAUUGGUAUUUCUUUGGAUUUUGAUUCUUCUGUGGAACAUCUCAAAAGCGAAUAUUAUGCAAGAUGUGAUCUUCUUCACUUCAAUUUAUUUAUGCGCAAAUAUGCACCUUCAAUUAUAAAGGCCGUUUGGUUUGAUCCUCAAAAAGAUACGAAACAAUAUUUUGUCAAUGAAUUUCAAGCUUCUGGAGGGUUGCUUGCUCUGCUUUAUUCAGACAGCGUAAUAAGACUUUACGAUGUCAAUUCAGUUAUAGAUAGACCAUAUUGUGUUAUAGAUUUCAACAUUCUUUUGUUAGAUAGAACGCCUAGCGAAAGUGGCGAAGAAUUUAAUGACAACAAUUCUGGUAUUGAUAGCCGUCCUCAUUCAACUUUUGGAUUUGUUACUCAAAUUGUUUCUUUCGAUUUUGGACCUAUUUUUCCAAUCGUCGACAUGUCAGCUAGCAAUAAAUCGAAGUCAUCUUCUCUUUUUUCUGUUUUGUCUUUGGAUAUGAAUGGCGGGAUUUAUAUUGCAUUUUUUCAAUUUCAUCAUUCAAAUAAUACAAUUUUAUCAAGUCUAGCACCAAUUGGUCCUUUGACAUGCACUUUUCCAAUUGUUGGGCCUCAGUCUCCGCCAAUUUCCAGUCGACUUCUCUGUUCUUCUAUAGAUAUUCAUAGUAUUCGUCACUCCCAAUCACAAUUAAUUCCGAUUUUUGCUAUUGCGAGUGAAGAUGGAUUUUUGGCUCAUUUACUUUUAGCUUACAACAAUUCCUUCUCUGAUCAAAAUUUGUUUGAAAUUGAGCAAUUAACAUCUGAGGGCUUCUUUAAUCUGUUUGCUUUUGAAUUUAUGCAAAUUUCUUCUGAUGACAAGGCGUCCAAGACUGGAACGAAAAAUUUGAAGAAAAAGGCACUUACAUCGUUAAAAGCUUCUUCAAUUAAAUUGCUACAAGAUCCAUUUGAACGAUAUUCUUCUUCAUCAUGUUCUUAUUUUGUAAUUUGUUCUCGUGAUCUCUUCCGAAUCGACUUAUCCUCUGUUCGAGUUCAGUUGAUUGAAAAUUGUGGUGUUGAUCAAUCUAAAAAUCAAAGUAUUUCUUUACCUCAGUCAUCAAUUCAUCAAUUAUUAUCUUUUAAUGACGAUGGGGUAAUCUCGUCAAUUGCUUCAUUUGAAUUGUUACGCUUUCCUCUUUCCAGUACAUUUUCUAAUCUUGAUAUUAAUCAACCAAUUAACAAUUACAAAUCUCAACAACAUCAACUACUCGCUGCUCUUUGUACUUCUCAAUUUAAUUUAAAUGAAAAUGGGACAGAUCAAAUAAAAUUCUCUCAUCAUUUUUUGGCAACUUUAUUUAACAGGUUAUUUUUGUUUUAUUAA